UUCAGUUCGUUGUUUUCCGGCGACGCGUGUGGAAGUGUUCUAAUCUGCAGUGGCUUUCGCUGAUUGUACUUUUUUUCUUUUCCGUUCACACUUUGGAAAAGGGUAGCGAAAAGAAAUAAAAGUGAACUCGCCUCCGAGUUAGCGGUGCAUAUUUUAUCGUCAAUCGUCAAUCGUGUCGGUGAAUUGUUUUGUUUCAAGGUGAAUUAAAGUGCUAAAUUGGAGUUCAAUAACCAAGUUUGAAGAAAUAAGAAAAAGAAAAACAAGCGAAAAGUUGUUGUGAAUAGUGUCGGAAGAAAGAAAAGUGAACUUCAUUGCGUAAAUUACGUUUGGUAGAAAAAGUGCAAAACAAUGGCUGCUCCUGCUCCAGUGAAAAAAGUACCAAUUCAUUUACAGAGUGCUCAAAAUCGCCUCUAUAUCAAACGGGGUCAUGUGGUUAACCACGAUGGAAUGCAGCAGGCGGAUAUCUAUAUUGAGGACGGAACGAUCAGAUACGUCGGCUCGGGUGCAGACUUUGUCGUUCCGGGAGGCUGCCGUACGAUAGAUGCAGCCGGAAUGCUGGUUAUGCCUGGCGGUAUCGAUCCGCACACACACUUUCAGCUCGAGUUUGGGGGCACCGUUGCGGUGGAUGAUUUUUAUCAGGGCACCAAAGCGGCCGUUGCCGGUGGCACAACGACAAUUAUGGAUUUUGUCAUUCCCAAGAAAGGGGAAUCGCUGCUUGAGGCGUACGACACGUGGCGAUGCCGGGCGGAUCCGAAGGUGGUUUGCGACUACGGUCUGCAUGUGGCCAUCACCUGGUGGUCAAAGUCGGUUCGGGACGAAAUGAAAAUCCUGUGCGAGGAACGUGGCGUUAAUUCGUUCAAAUGUUUUAUGGCAUACAAGGGACUCUUCCAGGUGACCGACAGUGAGCUGUACGAAAUCUUCGAGACGUGCAAGGAGCUGGGCGCGGUGGCUCAAGUUCACGCUGAGAACGGUGACGUUAUUGCUAAGAACGUGCAAAAGCUACUUUCAGCUGGCGUUACCGGCCCGGAAGGGCAUGAGCUAUCGCGCACCGAGGAGGUCGAAGCCGAGGCGGUGAACAGGGCUUGUGUGAUUGCCCACCAGACUAAGUGUCCCCUGUACGUAGUGCAUGUAAUGAGUAAAUCGGCCGGUAUCGAGCUCGCACGCGCUCGUCACCGUUACAACGGUGUGGGUAUAUUCGGCGAGACACUGGCCGCUGCCCUUGGCACCGAUGGCACACACUACGGCAACCAGUGCUGGCAUCAUGCCGCUGCCCAUGUACUUAGUCCACCACUCAGACCGGAUCCAACGACACCGGAAUUUAUGAUGAAACUACUUGCGCAAGACGAUCUACAAACAACCGGCAGCGAUAAUUGCACCUUCAACAAGAACCAAAAAGAACUAGGGCUGAAAGACUUCUCGAAGAUCCCGAACGGCGUGAAUGGUGUCGAGGACCGCAUGUCGGUCGUCUGGGAGAAGGGCGUCCAGACGGGAUUAAUCGAUCCGCAGCGGUUCGUUGCCAUCACAAGUACGAACGCGGCGAAAAUUUUCAACCUAUACCCUCGCAAGGGUCGCAUCGCCCCGGGCUCGGAUGCGGACGUACUGAUCUGGGACGCAAAGGCCGUGCGCACCAUUUCGGCCGCAACCCACCAUCAGGCGUGUGAUUUCAACAUUUUCGAGGGAAUGAAAUGCCACGGUGUGCCGGAGUACGUGAUCGUUCGCGGCAAGGUAUGCGUGGAGAAUGGAACCUUCCGGGUAGCCGAAGGACACGGCAUGUUCCUCGAAACCCCGGUCAAUCCGCCGUACGUGUACGAUGCGUUGAACGGAGUUAGCGAUCGGAAUGGUGAAUCCAAGGAGGAAGCCCGCAAUGGGCUGCAGAGUCUGAACUUGAACCAGAAGCAUGAUUCGUACAAAGCAGAUCUGUACGCUCUGCCGGAAAAAUACAUUCCCGGCCCAGCGCUAAGCGUGAUCUCGGGCGACUCACAGGUCAGCACUCCGCACAGUGCACGUGGUCAUCGACCUGACGGCACUAAGGAUAUGCAACAGUCGACAUUCUCGAUCAGUGAGGAAUUGGACCUAAGCGAGAACCGCUCGUGUAUCCGCGUCAAGAAUCCUCCAGGUGGUAAAUCCAUCGGUUUCUGGUAAAUACAACUCUUCCGGCUUUGAACAUCCACACUUCCAGAAAAUAUUAUUCAUCAUAAAUGGCAACCAAACUAAUCAUAAAAACAGCUAAAUAAAAGAUGACAGUAACUCUGUGAGCUCCUCGUACACACGCGAAUAGUAAACAAAAAAAAAACACAUAAAAGUGUGUGGCAUAAUCAAACCAAAUCGAACUGCAUGCAGAUAGGAUUGUAGUUAAACUCAACAAAAUAUAUCGACUUAUUGUUAACACUUAGUGAGCAGAAACCAAACACAGAUGAUAAUCCAAACCAAUUGAAUGUCACUUAAUGUACACUAAUAGUUUAUUUGCGUUGUAUUCAAUUAGCUUAUUUAUUACAUCCACAUUAGACACAUAAUAUGUUUACAACAAUAGUUGUCAAUAACAGAAACAGGCAGGCUGAACUGUGCAAUCAUUUAUUUGGUUUUCGUAACAUAAAAGUUAUAUAACAGAACUUUUUAGAGCUUUGAUGUUUCAAGAUUAUUUUCAAUCCUAUUAGCUAGAUUUUAAAACAACGCACAAAUGCUUUGUAAUGAGGGAAAUUCGAUUGAUUAUCGAUGCUACUUCAUGCCAAACAAGCUGCGGUAAGUGUACCUUUGUUAGGUGAAUACAGUUGCGAUUAGGUUUUUUUUCCCCCAGCUGAGAAGGUAAGGCGAAGGGCGGACAACGUUUUAUUGCUAAAGCUUAGUACAAUUGUAGAGAGGAGAAAAGUUUGAUUCAUCCAGCAUUAGGCCUUUGUGUGCAUUAUCAUGUUUUGUUUCCUUCAGUGGAAGAUAUGUUAAAUGGAAAAAAAUAACUUAAGUUAGCCAUAGUGUGAUCCUUGUAGUUGUGAGAAUGGAAAUAAAUCAGAAUGAAAUCUUA